AUGUACAGAAGACUAGUUACCAAUUCUGUUAAAGAAUAUGGAUUUGGGUUGAAGAGAUGUGAUAAAAAGAUAAAUGCAGAAGAUGUUGCUAAGCAUGACAAUCUCGAUAACGGAGUGUGGGUGGUAAUCAACGGAAAAGUUUAUGACUUGACGACCUUCAUCAACAUGCAUCCUGGUGGAACCUCAAUUAUUCUUAAAUAUGCCGGAAAGGACGCGUCCUUUUUGUUCAACAAAGUCCAUGCCCGGGGAACUAUUGAGAGCAUUCUUCCAGAGGAGUGUUAUUUGGGAGAAUUGGAUGGAGAGCUCGAAGAAUUCGACGAUCCAAUGAUUCGUGAGGAAAAACGAAGCCAGGAAAUGAGGGCCAAGAGACCACCUUUGAUGUCCAUUUUGAACCUUACUGAGUUUGAAUAUGUGGCUCAGAAAAUUCUUCCUAUUCAUGCGUGGGCGUACUACUCAGGUGGUAGUGACGAUGAAGUUACUUUAAGGGAAAACAACUCUGCCUAUGGUCGAUACUACUUUAAGCCUAAGGUUCUUGUUGAUGUUGACGACGUGGAUAUUUCCACCGAGAUGUUAGAUACCAAAACUUCUGCUCCAUUCUAUUGCUCAGCAGCUGCUCUGGCCAAACUUGGACACCCUGAUGGUGAACUUUCGAUUGCCAGAGGUCUUUAUAAAGAGAAUAUUAUACAAAUGAUAUCAAGUGCUUCUUCUUAUCCAAUGGAUGAAAUUGUCGAAGAAACUCCAGGACCAAAAUGGUUCCAAUUAUAUGUGAAGCCUGAUAGAGAAGAGAGCUUGGAAACCAUUAGAGAGUGUGAGGAAUUGGGUGUCAAGGCAAUUUUUGUUACUGUUGAUACCCCAUUGUUUGGUAGGCGUGAGAAGGAUCUUAGAUUUAAGAUUGCAGAUACCGAGGAUAUAGAGGCAGUGGAUUUGAACCUUAAGGACAGCGAUGACUUCAUCUUGUCGUACGAUAAGAUUAGACUCAAGUGGUCAGAUAUCGAGACUUUCAAGAAAAAUUCUUCUAUUCCAAUUGUGGUCAAAGGUAUUCAAAGAGUGGAGGAUGUACUUUUAGCUAUUGAAAACAAGGCUGAUGCUGUGGUAUUAUCCAAUCACGGUGGUCGUCAGUUGGACUUUGCUCGUCCUCCAAUUGAUGUGUUAGCAGAACUUAUGCCUAUUUUGAGAGAGAGAAACUUGGAUGAUAAAAUUGAGGUAUUCAUCGAUGGGGGUGUCAGAAGAGGUAGUGACGUUCUCAAAGCCCUUUGCCUUGGUGCUAAGGGAGUUGGUUUAGGAAGAUCAUUCUUGUAUGCCAAUUCCUCUUACGGAGAAAAUGGGGUUAUUAAGGCUUGUAAGUUGUUGAAAGAUGAGAUUUCCAGGGACAUGAAAUUAUUAGGAGUCACCAAAGUCAGUGAAUUGACACCUGAUCUUAUUCACACAUAUCCUGCAGUUUUUACUAGCCAUAACAAUAUCGUAUAUGAGCCAUUAUAUUUGCCUCAAUUCAAAGAAUAG